UACGGGUAUGAAGUGAAAGCCUCGCCAUUAGGCUGGUGACCGCGCCGCUGGAGGACCGGACCGGGCGGCGGUGGAGCAUGAAUCCGCGGCGGCGCUGAGCAGCAUGUUCCCCGGUGUGGUGUACGCCCUGCUGGCGGGGUUCCUGGGCGCCGUGGCCUCGUCCUCCGCUAAGCUGUCUCUGGGCACCGACUACCUGAAGGGCGUGUGUGAGACCGGGCUGCGGAGCUGGGGCGAGCAGCGGCGCUUCCGCCAGGGCAACGAGACCACCGCCUGCGACUGGCUGCACAUCCCCCUGCGCUUGCUGUGUGGUGGGCUGCUGUUCACCUGUAAUGCUGUGAUGUGGACGUUCCUGUCGAAGGCCCUCAGGUACUCCUCUUCCUCCACCCGCACCACUGUGACCACCACCGCCUCCAACUUCAUCUCCUCCGCAUUCCUAGGGCAGCUGAUUUUCGGGGACAGUCACAUCGCCCUCUGGUGGGUGGGCAUCUCCCUCACACUGUCUGGACUCCUGGUGCUACACAGAGCGUCCCCCAGCGAGACGUCGCACGAGGACGAGAUAAAAAGGACGAGCGAGACGGCGAGAGGACCGGAGAGAGCCGAGAAACCGGCGUGAUGAUCGACGGAAACAGUAGCCCAGAGUGGAGGACGGUAAUGCACUGAACUGACUCCAUGUGUUCAUCAUCGCUGACGGAAUAAAACGUAAAAGUAGCUUUAGCUUUCAAGUUUUACAAAAAAAAAAGUAUCCAGUACUUUGUGAAACUUAAACACACUGUAAAUAACAACUACAAAUUUCAAAUUACCGGUACGCAAUAAUGUAAAAAGUAACAUCAUUAAGAGGUAUAUGAUGUUUUGAGCGACAGCGAUGAUAUAAUUAUUAAAUGUAUUACAUCAGCACAGUUAUACCAUUAUAAAAUCACAAAAACAUAACUCUGCAAAAGGCUUUUAAUUUGAAAUGUGGGAUGCAAGAUGUGAAGAAGAUUAAACUAGCUUUUAAAACGUUUAACAAGUUCUACACAUGUAGAAGAACAUUUACAGUUUAAUGUAAACCCAUUGAUGCACGCAAGAGCUUCAUGACUCUGAGCACUGUUCAACUGCUUAAUACAACACAGCACCCCCUGCUGCUUUCUGACAGCACUACAUUAAAUCAAAGUAAAGCCACAGUCGAUCACGUGAAUAAAAUAUAAAAAGAGAAUGAUGGCCAGUCUUUUGCUAAACAAGCUAUUUUAAGGCUACGUUAUCUCGUAUUCUGCUAACGUUACUUACUAUCCUAUCAUUGUGCAGCUCGUACAUAUAUUUUAUCUGGAAAACAUCCUGAUUAAAUAGAAUAAACACAACAUUACAUUUUAUUCACGCGAGUAUAGCGUAAAAAUGAACUUGAACAUGUUGUUUGUCAUGUUUCCCUACUGAAACAAAAUCAAGAAUACACUCGUUUGGUAAAUUAUCAAAUAAUCGACGAUUAGCUGACAUUAUCAAUUGCGCAUUUAAAUGUAAUUAUGGGUCUGUUUUAGUCACAGUCUAGUCUGUUUAAUUGCAGUACUUAUUGCAGCUAUAUAUAGCUGGAAAAUUUGAAUUUGUUCAGUAUAAAAGAUUGUUUGACCAAAAUGUAAGUUGCUAAUCAGUUCUAUCAAAGUUAUAUUGCAAUAUAUGUUGUUUAGUUGACCAUUACAGAUUACGUACUUCUUAAAACUCUUCCAAGAGUAAACUAAAUUUCUAAAACUGUGCAAAACUAACUUAAACUGUGUUGAUGUAAUAAUAUAUUUUAUUUAUACGCAAAUAAUGUACAUAUUUAAACCGAGUCAAUUCAGUGCAUCACCUCUUUUUUCAGAGCUGGUAAAUUAAUAUAAACGCUAUAUUUCCUGAGCAAAUAUAUCACACACAGACACGGCAGCCUGGCAUUACUGAACUAUUCUAGUAGGAUACAGAAGACUGAACCAGUCUAUAUAUAUAUAUAUGGGCAUUUACAGAGAUUACAGCUCCUGUACUCAUUCUGAUUAAACAUAACCAUGAGAGAACCCAUAGAGUACCCUCAAAUACCAGGUUCCACAUAUAUAGGAGCAUAAUCUGGAUUGGGAACCGUUUGAAUCUGAACUAAUAAUCAGUAUUAUUUCAUAAACACUCACUGAUUCCUAUAAAACCCAAACAUGUGAGUGUCCUGUAGAACCAAAGAGUUUACCUGUAGUGUUUUCUGUUGUUUUUAUAGAACAGAACCGAAAAGAACCAAAGUUCUGUUCAGUUUAAACAUCAUACAGUGGAUCUCUAUUAGAGGAAAAUGAGUAAAGUUACUUAAACGCAAGGAAAAGAUUUAAUAGACCUUUUUAAACCUGCUAAUAUCAGUAGCUCUCGACUAUCUCAUCACUUCCUUCCCCAGCCUGGCCCACAUCACUGUGAGCAACCGUGGGCUCAGGAUACGGCAUUAUGCAAUAAACACCACAGCAACCACCGUAAUCACACAGACACGCCGCCCCGACAACCACCGUAAUCACACAGACACGCCGUCUCAACAACCACAGUAAUCACACAGACACACCACCCCAACAACCACCGUAAUCACACAGACACACCACCCCAACAACCACCGUAAUCACACAGACACGCCGCCCCGACAACCACCGUAAUCACACAGACACACCACCCCAACAACCACCGUAAUCACACAGACACACCACCCCAACAACCGCCGUAAUCACACAGACACGCCGCCCCGACAACCACCAUAAGCCGUCUCAACAACCACCGUAAUCACACAGACACACCACCCCGACAACCACCGUAAUCACACAGACACGCCACCCCGACAACCACCGUAAUCACACAGACACACCACCCCGACAACCACCGUAAUCACACAGACACACCACCCCGACAACCACCGUAAUCACACAGACACACCACCCCGACAACCACCGUAAUCACACAGACACACCACCCCGACAACGACCGUAAUCACACAGACACACCACCCCGACAACCACCGUAAUCACACAGACACGCCACCCCGACAACCACCGUAAUCACACAGACACACCACCCCGACAACCACCGUAAUCACACAGACACACCACCCCGACAACCACCGUAAUCACACAGACACGCCGCCCCGACAACCACCGUAAUCACACAGACACACCACCCCGACGACCACCGUAAUCACACAGACACACCACCCCGACAACCACCGUAAUCACACAGACACGCCACCCCGACAACCACCGUAAUCACACAGACACACCACCCCGACAACCACCGUAAUCACACAGACACACCACCCCGACAACCACCGUAAUCACACAGACACACCACCCCGACAACCACUGUAAUCACACAGACACACCACCCCGACAACGACCGUAAUCACACAGACACACCACCCCGACAACCACCGUAAUCACACAGACACGCCACCCCGACAACCACCGUAAUCACACAGACACACCACCCCGACAACCACCGUAAUCACACAGACACACCACCCCGACAACCACCGUAAUCACACAGACACGCCGCCCCGACAACCACCGUAAUCACACAGACACACCACCCCGACGACCACCGUAAUCACACAGACACACCACCCCGAUAACCACCGUAAUCACACAGACACGCCACCCCGACAACCACCGUAAUCACACAGACACACCACCCCGACAACCACCGUAAUCACACAGACACACCACCCCGACAACCACCGUAAUCACACAGACACACCACCCCAACAACCACCGUAAUCACACAGACUCGCCACCCCGACAACCACCGUAAUCACACAGACACACCACCCCAACAACCACCGUAAUCAUACAGACACACCACCCCGACAACCACCGUAAUCACACAGACACACCACCCCGACAACCACCGUAAUCACACAGACACACCACCCCGACAACCACCGUAAUCACACAGACACUCUUCCGCGUUGUGGGUUUAAUAAAUUCUUUAAUAAAUUAAACAGCACAUUGUUUAUUAAUGACGCGACGCGAUUGGACGAAACACACGUCCUGUAGCAUCACGGAUUCAGACGUCCGAGUUCAAGUGUCGGAACAAAGACCAAUGUUUAAAGCGAUAGUUUGGCGAAAAAUCUGAUUUUGUCCAAAUUUGCCCAAAUAUGUCUGAAGUUGGAUACUUUAGUUUUACACUGAUGUUAUGAGGCUAAUGAUGCUAACUAUCUUAAGUAAUUAAAGCCUAUACUGGGUGUGCUGUGAGGUUUAGCUACACUAAAAAACAUUCCUCUGCACUGAUAGAUUAGCGCUAAAGUUAACGUCGUCUUCAACAACCUCACUACAGUACCGACACAUCUGCUUCACCAGAGCUUCAGAACCCAGGUAACCUCCAUAGAAUGGUGAGAGCAGAGAAUGUACAUUUAGCUCCUUCAUCCACAGAUGCAGCGUUAGCCAACGCUAAGUUAGCCAAUGUAUGGUCUCCUAAUUUCCACCUAUUGCUCAGUUUCCUUUCUUUUUCUGCCGAAAGAGUCAUAAAACAUUAUUUUAGUAUCUCUAAUAAUGUUGUAAAUCUGUGCAUUAAAAAAAUGCGUGGAGUGUUCACCUAAUUUCCGUAGUGCUAUGGCUAUUUUUCUUCAUUUUUUAUUAUUGUACACUCUUUAGGGAGCCUAAAUCGAAGGGAACAAGGGUGUCGCCAUGUUUUCCUACCUAAUCAGAGUACGGAUGCCCACACAGGACACAUGCGAUAUCAUUAAACACCACUAGGGGGCGCUGGAUCCCAUAGGCACAGUGCAGAAAUGCUAAGCUAUGUUUCCAGUAGACGGCGCAGGCAAAAUAUUGACGCGGUUCCAUAAAUAAAUAAUAAGUCCAGCAAUUCAAAAAUACUCAUUAUUACACACAUUAUCAGCCCUUAAAAUCAGGGUAAGAGUUGUAAUUUUUUCAAUAAAAGCUUAAUUGUAUAUAUUUUCUAGUUAAUAUAAGCAAUUUUAAGCUGAAUGUAAGGUGGCUGAAAAUAGGGGACCCUUGUAAUUCCGCAGGUCUUGCUGCUAAGAGGCGCCUAAGUAACUAAAACUGUCAUUUUUAAAAAACACAUUUUUUUAAAACUCAAAUUAGUGCUAAAUGUUAAUCUACACAGAUUUCUCGCCUGAAAACUGUUUAUUUGGGUAAGUAAAUUCUUAUCUUUUUAAUUAAAUGGCCGAUAAUAGAGCCCGCCACGCUAGGUAAAUUAGCGAUCUAGGCUAAUAUAGGCUGUUGGAAUGCAGGGUUAGCAUAGCUACUUCAGACUGCAUUUACAUUAAAUACAAUACAAUCAGAAACCAUUGCAUGGUAUACUUUCUACAUGUCUGGUGAUUUAGCAAUGCAAUUAGCAUCAUGCUAAUUUUGGUAUCAAUGGGCUUCUAUUGCUUAUUAGCAACAUUAGCAUCAUAGCUUCAGACACCAAACUACAGACUACAGAGCUAAGAGUACAAAUCGUUUUUGGACCAAACUAUUGCUUUAACUUCACGCACUUCCUGUGAAUCUCCAGUGCUUCCUGUAUCCAGUGUGCGAUUCUCUGUUCGGAUAAUAAAGAGAAUUAACGCUUUUCUCGGACUAAUAAACGUACUGGAUUGACUGACUGCAUGCUGUACACCAUUAAUCAGUCCAUCCGCACGGUACGCUAGUCCAAGAAAUCACAUGCUGGCCUCCCAAUCCAAAGUCGUUCUGCUGAAUUUCUUCGUCGUCCCGAACAAUGUGAGCGUCAGUGUAGCGUGGAGGAGCUCUGAGUGGAUGGACCGGUGCUUUAGCUCCUCCCCUUCCUCUCAAUAUUCAGUACCGAGUCUAAUACACUCUCCUGUGAGCCGUCACUGUUAGCGUAGCGAUAAGUCAGUGUUACGACAUGUUACCACGUCAUCAUAACCCGUUAUGUUCUCGUUCUCACGUGAUACUUAUCAAUCAUACCACUGUCUGUUACAUUAUCGUACAUUAACGUUAAUCAACAUGUGUACUCACUGUGUGUUUAAACGUUAGAUAAGAGACACAGCUAACGGCAUUAAACUGUAGAAGGUAGGACGAGUAGCGUAGCACUUAGCGUAAUUUUUGCCUCUCUCUAAUUUAUCGUGCGAGUUCUUCGGACCAAAUGUGCAGCAAUAAACACGACACAAGCUCUUCAGCAAGACCUUUGACACUGGAAAUGUAGCUCCGCCCCCAGCAUCUACAAAUGACCAAUGUACAACAAACGGUGAAGCUGCGACCCAUAGCCGAUUCUGCAGUCGAGGUUGGCUACAAUAUGUAAAACACCUAUUCCGAAGUGAGGAUGGUUUCAAGGACGCAGCUGAUGUAUCCUUCCAAGUGUUUGGAUAGCCCCAAAUCUUUGUGCGCACAACACGAAAGAAAAGACAAAUAUUAGCAUUAUAAUACUGAACAAAAAGUAGCAAAAAAAAGCACCAGAAAAAAUCCAGAGCAGAGUUUGUUUGAAAAUGUUUGUUUUUCAAAAAAUCAAAAAUUUUUAUGAAUACAAAAAAAACGGAAAAACCAAUGUACACAGCCAAUAUGUCAACUCUGGUUAAAUGUGUUUUUUUUUUUCAUUCAUCUAGAAUAUUACAAAAUAUUUAAUAUAAUUACCAUAAUUAAAUUGCCAUGUCUGAAUAUUGUUAAAAGCGGGAAAAUAAUACUGCUUUUUAAAUGCGUGUAUUUACAUUUUUUGUCAGGGAUGCACUAAAUAUUUUUGUCUAAAGAGCCAAUCAUUUAAACCAAACAAUGACGCUUUUUUAAGAGUGCAAUUAAUUUGGGAACCAGCUGGAAUAAAAGAAAAAUGGAUUAAAAUAUUUUUGAAAAACAGGAUAAAAAUGCAUUUACCCUAUUUCAUUUAUCCAGUGGAAAAAAAGUGAAAUUUUGUUAAAUUAAAAAAAAUUAUUUAUAUAUAUAUUUGGUCAAUAUAUCGCCUGAUCACCACAAGCCUCGUUAUACAUAAGCCUGACCAAUAGGCUUCUGACAACAAGUCUUCAUAGGGCUAUCCUACAUAGCCACGCCCCAAUUAGGGCUCCGCCCACAAUCGACUGCAGCCUAGGCUUUGGAACACAACUUCUGUUUAGGUCUGGGGAUGUUCUUCAUCAAUAAACAUAAUAAAAAUCACAUAAAUAAAUUAACUGUUACUCUUCAUCACCCUCAUCCCUACAGAGAGAGAGAGAGAGAGAGAGAGGUGUAGAAAGAGUAGAAACUGUAUUUCUGUUAAACCUGUAGCAUUGUUUUCUUCACCAUGUGUGUACAUCUGUUUAUAUUUAUUUAUAUAUUUAUUUAUAUUGUAUUUAUACAUUAUUUAUGUAUUUAUUUCUGUAUGCGCACACUCUUGUAAAAGUGUAAAUAUGUAUGUUUUUAUGAUAGACAGUAAUAGAACACUGUAAACCCAUAAUAUAUAACUAUAAUGCAACAUAUCAAUGCCUGAAUAAACCUCGCCUGAGGAACGAUGA